AGGCGCCAUCCAGUUCUUUGACAAUAAUAUAGUACAUGGUCGAUAUGUUGAUGAGUCCGAUGAUGAAUUCCAGCCGAUCCGAACAAUUAUACAACAAAAUCAAAAAAAUCUAUCAUUAAGAAAGUCGGUCAAUUCGGCCACUCAAAAAAACGUUAAACCUACAGAUGAAAGAAACGCGGAGACAUCAUCAAAUUCACCAUCCUUAGACAUGCCAAUCGCAAGGCCUAGCACCCCAGAGCAUCAAAUUUAUCCCACAUCUGCGAAUCAAGACUUACUCGGACGGCUAAAUCAAGAAAAACAGCGACUAAUUUCUUCAAUUUUCUAUAAUAACGAACCCAUCUGUUCAAACAUAAUCGACACAACAAAUACGCUUUUAAUGGAUAGAUUGAAAAUAAAACGUGAUUAUCUAUGGGUUUCUGUUGUUAAUGAUGCCACGGAAUAUAUUGAUGAAUUAAUCGAUAAUUCUGAUACUCGCAAUAAAUUACGUGGAAAACUUCAAUUUCCGUUUAUCUCACCAGACGAAACUUAUUCAUUUAGUAAACAUUAUGAGAUGACUUGGGUCCAUCGUUUCGCCGACAAACUGUGG